CGCCUUUGCUCUCCCUGCUGCAAACCUAAAAUGCGUAUCUAUAAUCUGCGGCUUGGGGGCCCCGGAUAUGAGUAUGUGGAACGCAGAUAUGGUGCACUGGCUUAGUUUCCCAUACGGCUGGCGUUUCUCUCCGGAGUUUUUGCUAGAGUGGUUUUUCCGACUCGACGUUUUCGGUCGCAUGGAGCUGAGCGAUGAGGAGAAGCUGGAAAAGUUGCUGGAGCCUUCCUAUCUCGCUUCUAUUAAGAAUCCCAAAAACCGGCAGAUUCAGGGGGAUGAAGCAUUUUUGACUGUGGCGCUCAAGGCGAAUCGCGAGGCGCAGAAGCAGGGGUUCGGGGGUGUGGCGCUGGAUGGGAGGGUUGUAUGUCGGCCGUGGGGGUUCAAGAUUGAAGAGAUUAGAAGGGAUUUACCAGUUAAGCUGUGGUAUGGUAAGGAUGACGUUUUUAUUCCGCCGAAUCAUGGAGUUGAGACUGCGGCGAGGUUGGAGGGUGCUGGGGGGAAGGUUGUGUUGAGGUUGGAAGAGGGUGAUACGCAUUAUAGCAUUUCGCAGAAUUGGAAAAAGGAGCAGCUUGAGGCUAUUCUUGUGGAGAUGCGGGAAUGAGUCUGUCAAUUUCAGGAUGUUUGCGAUAAUUCUUUCUUCACUCAGCUCAAAUGUUGUAUUGGUAGCGUUUCAUUGUACUCUGCGAAAACAAUGGUAUCUUGAAUAGAGUAUGGU